CUUUUCUGAUUCACCAUCGCCUGAUUUGAAGAUAGUUCCAUUACCACCAAACGAAAAGUUUCCAAACGGAAUUCAUGGGCAUAUUAAACCAAAUAUUACUAGACAAAUAGGAAAAGCGAAUGCAUGCUUUGUAAUAUUGAUUCGAAAUAGUGAUUUGCAUAGCUUUAGACCGACGAUGAGACAACUCGAAGACAGAUUUAAUCGUCACUAUAACUAUCCAUACGUGUUUUUGAACGAUGUCCCGUUCACUGAAGAGUUCAAGAAACUUACAAGUGCUCUAACUAAAGCAAAAACCGAGUAUGGAUUGAUUCCGGAAAAACACUGGAGUAUUCCAAGUCAUAUAGAUAAGGACCUCGUCGAUCAAAAUUUAGAAAAAAUGAAAGAUGAAAUAUUGUACGGUGGUAGUUUACCUUAUCGUCACAUGUGCAGAUUUGAAUCCGGGUUUUUCUUUCAACACGAAUUGUUGGAUAAAUAUGAUUAUUAUUGGCGCGUCGAACCUGGUGUUCAAUUCUAUUGUGAUAUUGACUUUGAUCCAUUUGUCUAUAUUAGAGAUCAUGAUGUUAAAUAUGAAUUUAUUGAAAAAUAUCCACAAUACAUUGAAAAAGAUAAUCUAAUGGAUUUUAUAUCAGAUGAUGACGGCGAAACGUAUAAUUUAUGUCAUUUUUGGUCAAACUUUGAAAUCGGUGACUUGAAUUUUUGGAGAGGUGAAGCAUAUACAAAAUUCUUUAAUCAUCUCGAUAAAAAUGGUGGAUUCUUUUACGAACGUUGGGGGGAUGCACCGGUUCACUCAAUAGCUGCCGCUCUUUUCUUGAAGAAACACCAAAUACACUUUUUCAAUGAAAUAGGGUAUAAGCACGAACCGUUCGUUCAUUGUCCUAAGGAUGAAAAGUUACAGCUUAAAUGCCAUUGUAACCCUGAUGAUAGUUUUGAUUUUGAUGGAUAUAGUUGUACUGGAAAGUGA